AGAGUAGUCGUCCCUGACGCAUCAAAGGCCUCCUGGCCAGCAGGAGAGUAUAAAAGGUCCUGUAGGUGAGCGCAGGGCUACGGUGCGAAAACAUCCACAGCCCUGCAGCCAUGGGAAAGAUUGUGUUUUACGAGGGCCGAAACUACAUGGGCCGCCACUGGGAGUGCAGCAGUGACUGCAUGGACACCUUCCGGCACUUCAACUGCUGCAACUCCAUGCGUGUCAGCGGCGGCUACUGGGUGGCCUACGAGAAGCCUCACUACAUGGGCUACCAGUACAUCCUCGGCCCCGGUGACUACCCGGAUCACCACUCCUGGAUGGGCUACAACAGCUGCAUCCGCUCCUGCCAGAUGUUCCCCCCUUAUAGAGGAUCCUACAGGAUGAGGCUCUACAACAGGCCCGAGAUGAUGGGGCACAUGAUGGAGUUCAUGGAUGACUGCCCCAACGUGUACGACCGCUUCCAUUACCGAGACAUCUACUCCUGCAACGUCAUGGAGGGCUACUGGAUCUUCUACGAGCAUCCCAACUAUAGAGGACGGCAGUACUUCAUGCGCCCAGGAAUGUACAGGUCCUGCGGGGACUGGGGCGGCUUCAGCCCCAUGAUUGGCUCUUUCAGGAGGAUGAGGACUAACAUGUAAAACUCCACCUAUGCAAUCAUCAAGUGAACAAUAAACAUGUAACUCUAAAACAA